UAAUCAAAAAACCCCUAUCGUAAUAACGUAAAAAUUGCACGCGUUUAAACAAGCCAGUUCAUUUUAUCAAGCAAAAGACACGUACAAACACAAAGACAUAAAAAAAAUGAACGAAAAGACCAACUCAGUCGGCUGACAUCAUUUGAAAAAAUUAGCAACCUAACAAGUUGAACCAAAAAAGCAAAAACAAAAGCAAUAAAAAUCAAAAACACAAAAAAAUUAAAAACGUUGCUUUUUUAUAUAAAUUUAUACAUUUUUCACUUUGUUUUGUCACAGCCGCAUUUUUAUCAUCAUUUUUCCCUUGAAAUUUUUUUUUUGGUCUUUGGACAAAGUCAAAUUCAAGUCAACGUAAAUGUCAAAUGUUCCAAAACGACGCAAAAAUUCCAAUAAAAAAAUUUUCAUAAUUUCUCAAUUUCGCUAAAUUUGGAAAACAAAAAAAAAAAAAAAUUCUACAACAAAAAAGAAACUGCUGUGACAUCUUUUGUGCGGAAAAAUUAUAACAAAUCGUAGCAAGAAAUUUGUGCAAAUUUUUCGGACCAUUUUUAUGCUCAAAACGAAUAUUGUGUGAGAAAACAUACACAAAUACAAACGCAACAAAGCAAAAAAAAGAAAUUGUUUUACAAAAGUACCAAAAGUGUCAAGUGCCCAAAAGUUCGCAAGAAAUUGAAAUUUUUUUUCUGAUUCGACGGAAAGUUACCAACUGCAGUGCAAAAACAACGCAAGCAACAGCAGCAACAACAACUGCGCCACGCAUAGCUAAAGGUAAAUGCAAAGCUAAAAUCGAAACAACAACAACAACCGCUAGGCGCGAUUGUCAAGCAACAAAAGCGUAUGACAAGCGACAAACGCCCGAGAUCUGAGAGCAAUCAAAAGCAGUAGUCGACGCCGCGGCAGCAACAACAAGUAGCAAACAGCAGCAGCAGCAAACCUGUGCGUGUGUGUAUACAACUGCCAAAAAUUUGUUUGGCAUUACUGUGGUUUUUGGCAAAUUAUUGACAUUUAACAUUGAAUUUGAACAAAACAAUUGGAUACAAAACAAAAAAAAAAAAAGAAAAUACAAAAGCAAAAUUUGAAAGCAAGCAGUUCUAAAUUAUAACAAUAAAAAAUAUUUGAAAAUUUUAUAUUUUGCAUUUAAAUACUAAAACCGAUUUUAGUAUUUGGUUGUUUUUUUUUUUUUUGUUUUCGAAAAGAAAAGCUUAAAAGUCUACAAGAAAACAUUCCAAAAAUUUCCGCUAACGCACAAAAAUAAAUUACAGUUUUUAAAUUUUAUAAAUUCAAAAGUAAAUAAGCAACGCAAAAGCAUACAAAAUGGCUUCUGAAUUGGACCAGUUCGCUGACUUGGAAUUGUCAAAGGAAGAUCGCGAACAGAUUUUUGAUCCACCUUUGGAUCGACAACCGUUGGAAGGUGCUGGCACCUCAAGCGUUUCGACAUCGAAAAUUCUUAUUAGCGGCAUACCGCUGCAAACGCGUUUCGAAGACAUCGAACCUCUACUGAAGCCAUAUGGCAUCGUCAAACAGUGUGAGGCUGUGUCUAGUAAGGACCCCAAUACUCAGACUGUACAUAUAACAUUCGAAAAUCCCGAUCAGGCUCAAAGAGCUGCUGGCGGAUUGAACGGUGUCGAAUUUGAGGGCAACAAAUUGCACGCCGAGCCAUUGGAUAAGAAUCAACGUCGCACGAAUCGUAAUCAACGCAAUCCAUAUCCCGGUAUGCCAGGACCCGGACGUCAAGCUGAUUUUCCGCUGCGCAUUCUUGUGCAAAGUGAAAUGGUCGGCGCCAUUAUUGGCCGUCAAGGUAUAACCAUACGCACGAUUACACAACAGAGCCAUGCGCGUGUCGAUGUGCAUCGAAAGGAGAAUGUCGGCUCGCUGGAAAAGGCGAUCACCAUUUAUGGUAAUCCGGAAAAUUGCACGAACGCGUGCAAACGCAUUUUGGAGGUGAUGCAACAGGAGGCCAUCUCAACGAAUAAGGGUGACAUAUGCUUGAAGAUUUUGGCCCAUAACAAUCUAAUCGGUCGCAUUAUUGGUAAAAACGGUAAUACGAUCAAACGUAUUAUGCAGGAUACGGAUACGAAGAUUACCGUUAGCUCCAUAAACGAUAUCAAUAGCUUCAAUUUGGAACGUAUCAUUACGGUUAAGGGCGUAAUCGAUAAUAUGUCACGUGCCGAAGCGCAAAUUAGUUCAAAACUACGUCAAAGCUAUGAGAAUGAUUUGCAAGCAAUGGCGCCACAAAGCCUAAUGUUCCCUGGCCUCCAUCCGAUGGCCAUGAUGUCGACACCCGGCAAUGGUAUGGUCUUCAAUCCAAGCAUGCCAUAUCAAUCGUGUCCGGGCUUCCCGAUGUCCAAGACACCGGCUAGUGUGGUACCGCCCGUCUUCCCCAACGAUAUGCAGGAGACCACAUACCUCUACAUACCGAACAAUGCGGUGGGCGCGAUUAUCGGCACCAAAGGCUCCUACAUACGCAGUGUCAUGCGUUUCUCCAAUGCCUCGCUAAAGAUCGCACCAAUCGACAACGAUAAGCCGGCCGAGCAGCAAACCGAACGCAAAGUGACAAUCGUCGGCACACCCGAAGGCCAAUGGAAAGCCCAAUAUAUGAUUUUCGAAAAAAUGCGGGAAGAGGGCUUCAUGUGCGGCACCGAAGAUGUACGACUAACAGUCGAAAUUAUGGUAGCCAGUUCACAGGUCGGUCGAAUAAUCGGCAAGGGCGGCCAAAAUGUGCGCGACUUGCAACGCGUUACUGGCAGUGUUAUCAAGCUACCAGAGCAUGCGGUGGCGCCAGCAUCGGGUGGCGAUGAGGAGACUCCCGUCCAUAUAAUCGGGCAGUUCUACAGCGUACAGUCGGCACAGCGACGCAUACGCGCCAUGAUGAUGUCGACGAAUCCGCCACCGGUCACCAAAAAACAGAAAGCCGCCAAGGAGCAAACCGCCGCCGCCGCCGCUGCAGCAGCUGCUGCCGCUGCCGGCAGUGGGACUCAGCAGCUGCAGCAGCAGCAAGUAACACAACAGCAGCAGCAGCAACAACAACAACAUCAACUGCAGCAGCAGCCGCCGCAACAACAACAACAACAGCAGCAGCAGUCGCCGCCGCAGCAACAACAACAGCCACCUGCGUCAAGUCAGUAAGCAAAGUAGUAGAAAAAAAAACACAAUUAAAAAUUAUAAAUGCGUUUCAAACGUUUUGUUGAAACUACUAAUAUUUUUUAUUUUUAUUAUUAUUAUUUUUUUUUAUUAAAUUAAAUGCAGAGAAAUGUGUAUGAUGAUGAUGUAUUUAGGUUUUCUAAUAUACUAUUAACAUAAUUAUUAAAUAUAUAUUGCUUUUUUAAACAACAACGCUGAUGAGUCAACGUUGUGGUUGUUAAUAUAUAAACCAUAUUGCUGAGUAAAUGCUGAUGACAGAAAUGAUGAUGAGCACAGAAAUAGUAAAGAGUGGUAAAUUUCCAUAGGAGCAGCAGAAAAAGCAAACGAAAAUAAUAGUAAUUUACAACAAAACCUAAAAUAACAACAAACAAAACAUAUAUAAACAAAAUUUGAAGUCCAAUGAAUUACAAAAAAAAAAAUUAAAUUGAUGCAAAAAAUGGAAAAUACACAACACACUGAGGAAAAUAUUUAGCAACACUAACAGCAAAUAAACAUACUUGUAAAAACAACAACAACACAUUUGUUCGCUUUUAUAGCAAAUGGAAAGCACGCAGUGUCGCUUUUUUAAACGCCAACAAAAAAUAAAAAUCAAUUUUGAAUAAAAACUAAUUUUGUAUAGUAACCAAAUUGUAUAAUAAAAAUCGCGUGUAAAUUCCACAUAAUAAAUUGUUAAAAAAAAAAAUAAUUUAGACCCAAAUGUCAGCAGAUACACACAUUUGCAAUAUUAAAAACAAAAUCUAUAAAAUAGUAGCUGUAACCAAAAUUCAAAAACAAAAAUUUCAUGCGCAGACACUGUUAAAACAGCUGGAGCCCACCAACACUGAAAAGAAUACAGUGCGACAACAAAAAAAUUAGAAACGUCAACGCUGCAUAUGAUAAAGAUUGAAAAAAUAAAUAUAGUGAAUGCAAAACUGCAAAAAUUAAAGGAAAAAACCAAAAAAAAAAUAAAUAAAAUAAUAAACCGGCGUGAAAAGUUCCAUUUAGCGAAACAAUAUGAAUUUGCAGAACAAAACAAACAUUAAAAAAAAUAUAUAUAUGUAACGGUUGCAUUAAAGCAUAUUUAAAAAUAAUACAAAAGUAACAUUUUCGAAAAGCGAUUAAAAAAGUUUUAAUAAUUUUUGAAAAACAAAACAAAAAUAUUUAAACUGCAAAAAUUAGUAUAUUUCAAAAAUUACAAUUUCAGUGUAAUUUAUGAUUUCAAAAAUAUAUGCAAACACAUGAUUGAAACAUACUAAAACAGCAAAAUAAAAAAAUUUAAUCUUUUACAUAAAUUUUUUUUUUUCAAAAAUUUGGUUUUUCAAAAAUAAAUGCAAACACAUACUAAAACAGCAAAAUAAAAACCUUAAAUUAUUAACGUAAUUUUAUGUCAAGUGAACACACUGAAAUCAAAGUUUAAAGAUAUUAUAUAAAUAAAUAUAAAAUAUCGUUUUUUGGUAAAAAAAAUUAAAAUAAUUUGAUAACCGUUAUAAACGCGCUUUUAAGCGCAAAAUAAAUAGAGAAAAAUUGCAAAAGUCAAACCACAUAACUGUUCUAAACUAAAUAACGAAAAAUAUACGGUUUCACAAAAUAAAAAAAAAUAAAAAAAAAUACAAAAUUUUAUAAAAUUUACGUGGAAGUGAGAAAUCGCUUACAGAAAAUAGCGACAAAAACAAAAUGACCAAAAAUCAAACUAUUUUUGUUUAAACAUAUGCAGUGUACGUUGCGCAUCAAUUCAUAAAAAAACCAAAAUUGAACAAUAAAAAUUUGGCAGCAUUAAAAAUAAAAAACAAUAAUGCAAAAAAGUUAAUUAUUGCAAAAUGUACAAUAACAAUUUUCUAUUUUUGCAAGCAAAGCAGAUAAAUUAAAGAUAUUAUAAAUAAAAUAUUUAACAUAAAUAUAGUUUGGCGAAAUUGAAAAAUGUGUGUGCAAAAAUCAACCAAAAAUGGCAAUACAAUAAUGAGCUGCACGCGGUAGCAAAUAUUUCUUUAGAGCAAAAAUAAAAAAUUAAGCUGGAAGUAAGAAUGCUAAUAAAAAAUUGAGAACACUACAUAAAAAGUGCAGCGCAUGUGGUAUACAAUACUCGACUUCGAAAAAAUAUUUUUGUUUAAAAUAAAAAUUAUAAAAAAAUUUAUUUUCUUAUUUAAUUUUUUAGUUUUUUUUCAAUAUUUAUAUUUUUUUUAAUUGUAUUACAAACUGCAAACACGAAAAUUGUUACAAAUUUAGUACUUUAAAAAUUUUUUUAAUUAUUUUUUUUUUAUUUGUAUUACAACUUGCAAAAACGUAAAUUGUGUAAGUUUAGCAUUUUAAAAUUUUUUUAUUUGUGUUACCAAUAACAAAAAAAUUUUUUUUUUCAAGUGUAGCAUAGCAAUAAUUUUUUUAAAUUUGUAUUACCACUACUAAAAAUAAAAAUUUCUUCAAUAUUUUAAAAGGCUUACACAAACUGCAACAUUAUCAAGCAAGCGCUGCCACACUUUUUUUUUGCAGUCACUUAAUUUUUUAUUAGCAAACUAACUUACUGCAAAAAUCAACUACAUAUAUUCCGUCGUAAUUUUGAGAGACACGCGAAAAGUCAGCGAACAAAGAGCAAAUGUGUUCCUACAAAAUUUAGUGGUAUAAAAGAAUAAAAACAAAACAAUAACAAGGUUGGCAGUAAAUUGCUGUAACUUUGUGUUACUAGCGUCAGCCUAGCAGGUAUAUUACACUAAAUUAACCGAAAGUAACUACUUGAACAACUAGUUCCAUUGAAAAAGUUUCUACAUAUUUAAUUUUUUUUUUGCGUCUAGUGAGAAAUGUUAAUUGCGUUUGCCUUGAAACGGUGCUGAAAUGUUUUAAUUGCAUACAGACUAGUAUGAAAAAUGUUGUUUAAUAUGAGUAUAAUGAUUAAAGUAAAGUAAAUAAUUCCUUUUUUUUAUAAAACACACUUAAAUUUUAAAUUAAUUUUACAUAUACAUAUAUACAUAUAUAAAUAUAUUGUUUUUUUUUUUUUUGUUUUUAAUGCAAUUGACAGUUACAAUAAAUAAGCUACGCUAAUUGCUUACCCAAAACAGUUAGAGCGCUAAAAUGCGAAAAAUAUAAUAAUUAAUUAAUAAAAAUAAUAUUUUAGAAUUAUAAUAAUUUUGUUACAUGUUAAAUAUGUUUUCUGCCUUGCCCUAAGCAUUUUUUUUAUUCACUUUUUAAAUUAGUUUCAGCAUUAUUUACAAUAAAUAUUUAUAUAUUAUACAUGCAUACAUAUAACUGUCAUAUGAAAAGUAACUGUAAAACAUAGUAUACGCUGUAGCAAGUGGUGGCAAUUAGUCGUUAAAAAAACGAAGAAGAAAAAAUAGUUAAACCAAACAAGACACUUACACUUAGUAAAUUUAUUAAUGAGCAGCAAACAAUCAAACAAACAAAACAAUCAACUUGCAUGCCAACAAACCAAUAGUUUAAUGUGAAAAAAAUAGAAAUAAAAUAGUUUUUUUUUUGUAAACAAUAGCAGAAAUAUUAACAGAUUUUGCAAAGCAAAAACAAAAAAAAAUAUUUUUACCGCAAUUUUUACUAGUAACCACAGUAGUGUGCAGACAAUAGCCCGAGUUAAUGCAAAAUAAAGUAGCCUAUAAUAGUCCUUAAACUACCUAAAUAGCCAAGCUGAACUUAUUGUUUUUUUUUUUAAUAAAUAUAUAACAAUACCAUAUACAUACUUACAUUUAUGCAUAAAUAGUUUAUUAAAGAAAUGUAUAAACAAAAUAGCGCCGUCUAAAGACACAUUUACCUACAUACGCAUAUAUUUGUACAUACAUACAAUAAAUACAUAUACAUAGCCGCAAUUUUACAUACAUACAUACAUAAAACCCAGAGUAUAUUAAUGAAACAAAAAAAAAAAAAAACUAAAUAAACAAAAAAAUAAAAUAAAUUUAUUGCAAGUUAUACACACAUAAUUAAUAAAUAUACCAAUACAAUAGUAUACAGCAGCAAAUUACUAUAUUUAAUUACUUGAAAUUACACAAUAUAACAUAAUUUACACAAUAACAAUAUUUUAACGACAUAUAUUUUCUAUUGUUGUAAUCGUUUUCUACAUAAUAUUAACAUAUUCAAUACAUAAAUACAAAAUACAAACAAAAUAAAUCAUCAUAUAUAAUUAAUUACUGUUAUUCAGUGUAGCUAAUGCAUUAACUACUUUUUAAGUACAAAUAGUUUCGAAUUGUUUGCUAUGAAAAAUUUCAUUGAUGUACGGUAAUUGCAACUAUUUGCAUGCGGGGGUUAAUAUUUUGCAAAAAAAAAAAAUACUCUAUACAAUUUUUAAAAAAUAUUAAUUUUUGGUAAAAGCUUGCAAUGAAACAUUAAUAGGAUGUAACUUAAUUUUUUUCACUGAAUCACAAACACGAAAACAUACUGUCAAAACACUAAAACAACUUUUUUCGACAAAAAAAAACUUUCAAAAUGUUUCAAACAAAAAAUAUUGCAUUUGCAUUGGUGCCGACGGUUGCAGUGGCAGACGAGCAAUUAAAAUUUUGAAAAAUCUAUAAAAAUCAAAAUAAUUAACUAAUUAAAUCAUUUAGUAUGUUACUAGCAUUAUGCCAGCGACACAAUAUAACCUGUAAGCUCUAACGAUAUUUUAGCGAGUUUUCAAAUAUUUGCAUAUUAUUAUAAUUGUUUAUAUAAUACCAAUGUUAUUAGAUCUUGUAAACUUUAUCGUUAUUUUUCAUAGACUUUUCUGUUAUAAUAUUAUUUUAAUUUUUUUUUUUUAACAUUAAUGUAAUUAUAGCCUGCAAACUGUAUCAUUAUUUCAAACGCAUUUUUACAUUACUUUCAUAUUUUUAUGUUAUAUAAUAUUAAUGUUACUGCCACAGCAACCGACGCCAUGCAAAAUUCAUUAAUAAAAUUAAAAAGAAACCUUUCGGCAAAACGCAUAAGCAAAAAAAAAUCUCAAAAUUAUCGAUAAUAAUAAAACAUUACAGCAAAUAGCAGGCAAAUUUAACGAUAAAAAAAAAAAUAAAAACAUUACAACAAAUAGCAGACAAUUGUAGGCAACAAGGAAGUACUACUAAUUUUAGUUUCUAAUAAAGGGUGUUUUCUUAAACUAAAAAUUGUACGAACUAAAAAUGCUGAAAAAUUGUUGUUGUGAAAGCAAAAGAUGUUAAUGUUGAAUAAAAGCGAAAAAGAAUGAUUGAAUUAACGCAAAUAAUUACCUCAAUAUAAGUGCAUUAUCUUCUUAUUAUAAAGGAAAAUUAAAAGUAAACAAAAAAAAUUAAUAAAAUUUAAAAUACCACGAAAAUUCGAUGAUAAAACAAUAAAAUUUAAUUAAAAAAAUUAAAACUAAUAAUGAAUAACAAACCAAUUUAGAACAUAAACAUACAUAUAUUGCCCGAAAUAAAACAUGAAAAGUAGUAAAAAUAACAAAACAAAACCGUUAUCAAGCAUAAUUGUUGCAAAGAAAACAAUUACAUAUAUACCGACAAUUAGUGUAUAUAAACAUUAUUUGCUAAGGAAUGCACCAAAUUGGACAACAAGCAAAUUAAAAAUAAAAAACAAAAACAACAACAGCAUUACAACAAAACAAUGACCGGAAAUACACUGCACGACUUUAAAGUUAUCGAUACAAGUUUAGCAACUGCAAAGCUAAUUCAAAGGCAUAGUCAACGGUAACGGUAACUAUUAACAACAAAUGCGCAUAUCAAUAAAAAUUUAAACGUAUGAAAUUUAAGCAAAAUAUUUUAAACAUACAACAAAAAACAGUGUAGAUCACAAACAGCGCACGUCACAAAUAGCCAGGACAUAGAUCAAAACAUAAUGUGAAAAGAUCACCACACAAUUGACGCUCAAACGAUAAAUGUCAAUUUAAGCAAAAAAUAAUUGACACAAACACAGUAAAACACAGCAUCAAUGCAGAGAGUUGUGGAACGGCGCUGCAACGAAAUUGCGCAAAUGAAAAGAGAGGCGAGCGUUAUUUAAAUAAGUGGCGGCAAAGUUGAGUAAACGCAAAGAAAAAAAAUAAAGUAAAAACUAGCGAACUUGGUAGCUUAAACGUAUCGGAAACAACAACAAAGCAAUCGAAGCUAUAUUUACACUAGAUUAUACAGAUAUUUUCAGCUGAAAUUUUUACGCUUAUGAAAAUUUUUCAGUAGCAUAUUUCGCUGUCACUGAAGCAGCUGCUUUUUUAAGUUACGCUCUUUGCACUUUUCGCUAGCAUAGCUUGUUUGUGCGCGCAUUAGCGGCAUGUCGCAUGUUGCAUGUCGAAAUGUGUGAAAACGCAAUUCUGUUUGGCGAUUGCAAUUAGUCGUUGUACAAGCCGUUGCACUGUCAUUUACUCGAAAAAAAGCGUUUACCCGCUAUUGUACCGAUUGAAAUAACAAAACGAAAGCCGAUUCAAAUACCAAAAAACAAAAAGUUCUAAUACUAAAGAUUUUAAAAGUUUGAAGAAUAUGAAUUGUGAAAAAUAUUUUCGCGUGAAGUUAGAAAUCAGUUUAUUUUUACUAAUAUAGUAUUGUUUAAUGGGUAGAGCGAUUGCAAGCAAACGAGUGUAAACGCUGUAAGCAAACGAAUCUUAAAAAUAAAAAAAUGCAAGAAGCGUGUAUGUAGUGAAAUAACAACAACAGCAAGCGAACUACAACAAAAAUUGCAUGGUGCACCAUGACUACGCCAAUUUCGAAGCGAUUCAAAUUGAAUAAAGUGUGUAUAUAAUAUUUUGUAGGUAUACCUUUUAUAUAUAUAUUUUUAAAAAAUAUAUAUUUAUAAAAUUUACGAUAAAUAUAUAAGAUUUUGUUGAAAUUGUUUUUUCUCGCUCAUUAUAACUAAGAAACCAAAAAAAAAAAAACAUACAAACAUUCUUACAAGAACAAAACGAAUGAGCUGAGAAAUUUGAGUAAAUCGAAACUAAACUGUUUUUAUGCGGAAAAUGUACGGGUAAUAUAUAUAUUGUAGGCUAUAUUUUCUUUAAUAUAUUAUAUAUAUUAAGAAAACAAAAAGAAUUAGGCAGAGAGUUCAAGGAAAAACAAGUCAAAGCGUGGACAAAGUUCGAACAAAACUUCAACAAGAGUUUCAACCAAAAUGCAACUAAAUUUGAGAAGAACUAUACAAUUAAAAAAAAA